CGGAGGGCGGUGGCAGACGGGCGCCGGGGACCGGCUCAGUGUCUUGGGACAGCAGUUAGGCUACGGCGACUGCCGGCGCUGGUGGACGGCCCUCCCUCCGCACGGCUCGCAGCCCCCAUCGGCGUCGGCGGCCGGCGAUGAGCCCCAGCCGCCGGGCGUAGCGGCGCCGCGUGCGCAGGACGGCGCGGCCAUGAGCUGGGCGGCGGGGCCCCCGCGGGCGCCCUGGAACCUGCUAGCGACCGCGCUUUGCCUGCUGGUGGCCUCGGCCGCGGGGACCGCGCCCAUGAGCCGAGAGGAGAAGCAGAAGCUGGGGAAUCAAGUCCUGGAAAUGUUUGAUCAUGCUUUUGGUAACUACAUGGAACAUGCUUACCCAGCUGAUGAACUCAUGCCCUUGACCUGCAGAGGUCGUGUAAGAGGCCAGGAGCCAAGUCGGGGUGAUGUUGAUGAUGCUUUGGGGAAAUUUUCCCUGACGCUAAUUGAUUCUUUGGAUACUCUUGUGGUAUUAAAUAAAACCAAAGAAUUUGAAGAUGCAGUGAGAAAAGUUUUAAGAGAUGUUAAUCUAGAUAAUGAUGUAGUUGUAUCAGUCUUUGAAACAAAUAUCAGAGUUCUUGGGGGUCUUCUCGGUGGGCACUCAUUGGCAAUUAUGCUAAAAGAAAAAGGCGAGUACAUGCAGUGGUAUAAUGAUGAACUUCUGCACAUGGCAAAACAGCUGGGUUACAAACUUUUACCUGCUUUCAAUACUACCAGUGGCCUUCCAUAUCCAAGAAUUAAUUUAAAGUUUGGUAUCAGAAAGCCAGAAGCUCGAACUGGAACUGAGACAGAUACCUGUACAGCUUGUGCAGGUACCUUGAUCCUUGAGUUUGCUGCUUUAAGUCGGUUCACAGGAGCAACAAUAUUUGAGGAAUAUGCAAGGAAAGCUCUUGAUUUCCUUUGGGAAAAAAGGCAGCGGAGUAGUAAUUUAGUAGGCGUGACUAUAAAUAUUCAUACUGGAGAUUGGGUACGGAAAGAUAGUGGAGUUGGAGCAGGGAUUGAUUCCUAUUAUGAAUAUCUGUUGAAAGCCUAUGUCUUACUUGGAGAUGACAGUUUCCUGGAAAGAUUCAAUACACACUACGACGCCAUCAUGAGGUACAUCAGCCAGCCACCUCUCCUCCUGGACGUGCACAUCCACAAGCCCAUGCUGAACGCUCGCACCUGGAUGGAUGCUCUGCUUGCCUUCUUCCCAGGCUUACAGGUUUUAAAGGGAGAUAUUCGACCAGCUAUUGAAACUCAUGAAAUGCUGUAUCAGGUGAUUAAAAAACACAACUUUCUCCCUGAGGCAUUCACCACAGAUUUCAGGGUACAUUGGGCUCAACAUCCUUUAAGGCCAGAGUUUGCAGAAAGUACCUACUUUUUGUAUAAAGCUACAGGAGAUCCUUAUUACCUUGAAGUAGGAAAAACACUUAUUGAAAAUUUAAAUAAAUAUGCGAGAGUGCCUUGUGGAUUUGCUGCCAUGAAGGAUGUUCGGACUGGAAGCCACGAGGACAGAAUGGAUUCUUUCUUCCUGGCUGAAAUGUUUAAAUAUCUGUACCUAUUAUUUGCUGAUAAAGAGGACAUUAUUUUUGAUAUAGAAGAUUAUAUCUUUACAACAGAAGCUCAUCUGUUACCUCUUUGGCUCUCUACUACAAAUCAAAGCAUCACUAAAAAGAAUAUAACUUCAGAAUAUACAGAACUGGAUGACAGUAAUUUUGAUUGGACUUGUCCAAAUACUCAAAUUCUCUUUCCUAAUGACCCAUUAUAUGCCCAAAGCAUCCGUGAACCCUUGAAGAAUGUGGUGGAUAAGAGCUGUCCUCGAGGCAUCAUCAGAGUCAGAGAGGAGAGUUUCAGGAGUGGAGCUAAACCCCCUCUGAGAGCCAGAGAUUUCAUGGCCACUAACCCUGAGCAUUUAGAAAUCCUGAAGAAGAUGGGGGUGAGUUUGAUUCACCUCAAAGAUGGGCGAGUCCAGUUGGUUCAACAUGCAAUCCAAGCUGCUAGUUCAAUUGAUGCCGAAGAUGGGUUGAGGUUCAUGCAGGAGAUGAUCGAAUUGUCAAGUCAGCAACAGAAAGAACAGCAGCUGCCUCCACGAGCUGUGCAAAUUGUCUCCCACCCAUUUUUUGGCAGGGUAGUACUGACUGCUGGGCCCGCUCAAUUUGGGCCAGAUCUGUCUAAACAUAAAGAGACACGGGGAUUUGUCGUAAGCAGUAAACCAUACAAUGGUUGUUCAGAGCUUACAAACCCCGAGGCGGUGCUCGGGAAGAUUGCUCUGGUACAGAGAGGACAGUGCAUGUUUGCAGAGAAGGCUCGAAACAUUCAGAAUGCUGGAGCCAUAGGUGGAAUUGUUAUUGAUGACAACGAUGGCAGCAGUAGUGAUACUGCCCCUCUGUUCCAGAUGGCAGGUGAUGGAAAGGACACAGAUGACAUCAAAAUCCCUAUGCUGUUCUUGUUCAGUAAAGAGGGAAGUAUCAUCUUAGACGCCAUCCGGGAAUAUGAGGAAGUGGAAGUGCUCCUUUCUGAUAAAGCAAAAGAUCGAGAUCCUGAAAUGGAAAAUGAAGAACAGCCAGCAUCCGAAAACGAGUCUCAGAACCUGAGUGCUGAGCCAAUGCCAUCAAGUUCUCAGGAGGGUGAACACAAUCUGGUUGAACACGAGUCUCCCGAAGAGAGUUCACCAUCCAUUCCUCCAGAAUCAUCAUCCCCUGCAGACUUAGACAGAGUUGCCGACAGGCCUUCUGAACAGAACUCUCAACCCCCAGAAAACCCUGAGACUUCCCAAAAUCUUGAUGGUGAAUGUACAGAUUUAGAUAACAAACCUCAGGAACAGUCAGAAACUGAGGAAGACUCUAAUCCUAACGUUAGCUGGGGUAAAAAAGUCCAGCCUAUAGAUUCCAUCUUAGCAGACUGGAGUGAAGACAUAGAAGCAUUUGAAAUGAUGGAGAAGGACGAGCUAUGACUCAGUAAAGACUUGGGGCGAGAUCUUAAGAAGAAAGGAUAAAACUGGUUCAUCCUGAGCCGGCGCUCAACAGGGAGGCUGGAAGGAUAGCAAGGCACACGGCCACGUUCUGACUGCGAGAGUUCGUUCUCAGAGGAAUCGGAAGCUUGUUGCAGGAGAAAGUGACCUUAUUUAAAACGAUCCCAUCAGAAAUGGAAACUCACAAUCCCCCUUCAGAUGAUAGCACCGCACCCCCUGCAGCGUAGCAGGACAGAAAAGGGCAUUCCUGGGAACCAGGCUUCUGCAGUGCCUCGUCAGAUGAGAAAUGAAUUCAGUGAUUAGUGGAGCAGGGAGAUUAGAAACUUGUAUAGCUUCCCAGUGAAAGGAAACUCGGCCUUCUUGCUGUGGGAGUUCGAACCUUCUUAGGGAAACACACAAGUAUUAUACGCUCUCUGGCUCUGCUGCCUUCAUAGAAACACUGAAGUGACUUGCAUGGUUCUGAAGCAGUUGCAUUCAUGGGGAAAACAAAUCUUUGCCCACCGCCUUCAUUGGCUUCACUGUGUAGCAAGUGACCACGAUUACUUGAUUUCUUCCCUCUCUUUACAAAAUCCUUUUCAUUUAACCGAAGGCAGUGUACUUCUCAGUAAGUUCUCUGCAUAAAGACUUAAUCCUUGGGAUCAGGUAAAAAGGUCAGCUAAUUCCUCAUGAAAAGGAGUUGCUUAAUACUUUUGGAAAAAAAGAGCAAGGUCUUGAGAAGUCGUAAGGAUGCAGUAGGAGCUUCCCAUUGGGCCUUUUAUAGGGAAAGCUGUGAACACUCUGAAUUGGAACUUGACAGUACACCUUGUAGACAAAAAUAUUAUUAACCUUUUUCUGCUCAUAUCUUGUGGAGGUGACCACCUCUCGCCAUCAGCCUUACUCCAUCCCAGACUGGAUAGAUAGUUUGAGCUCUAAAACCCUCAUCGCCAGUAGUAGUUCGAUGCAUUUCCUUCCAUGUUUCUAAGAAAGCCAUGAUAAAGCUUGGGGUAGCAAUCUAGAAAUCCUUGAGCCACUGCUGUUUUUUCAUUAUUAUUAUUUUCUUUGAAAAGCUUGAGUCUAUAUUUUCUGUUGAAUCAUGGUUUUUAGGUUUGCUUUAAAAAAAAAAAAAAAAAAAAAGUCCUGAAAGUCCAUGGUAUCCUGUGUAAAACACAGUAGCAACUAAUACAUCACCAUAUAGCUUUAAUGAGGAAGUUCCCUCUUCUUUGUUGGUGGCAGUUUGGUGCUGGCCACAUUUAAGUUUUUAAAACUUUGUUGCCUAUAUUAGUAGACAGCCCUAUAGUUGAAAAAUCAUGCCUUUACUCACUUUAUUUAUUUUUUAAAAACUUACGCAGAGUUAGUUCUAAAGGAAUAGGUGUGAGAUUUAGUUCCCUCUUUUGUUCCCAUAACAUUCUAUCAUAACCUUUUCCUAAAACAUUUUUCAGGUACUGAUAAGCUGUAUAGGGAAGGGGUCUGUUAAAAAGAACAGCAGUGCUGCUUUGUAGUUAUGUAUAUUCAUGUACAAUAUACCUUAGAUCCCAGAUAAACACAUGCUUCCAUAAGGGGAUAAUUAACUGCUUUCAGAAAUUCCAGCUAAGUUCAAUUGGGCCCAUAAGUAAUAAAUCUAGUAAAUUUAUUUUUGGAUGUGAAGGAGAAUAGAAUAACAAGAUCUUUAUUGGCCUUUAAUUAGACCUGACACCAAAAUGGACAUGUUUAGUUUCUCUGUAUGUGAAAUUUGGUGUAAGCAGCUAGAAGUAUAGUCCAUACAGUAUAUGGAAGGAUAGAUAGAGUGCUUUGUUCAUGUUAACUGAAAAGCUGCCAAAAUACCUAACGCUUAAUGACUUGUCUUGCCUUGAUUUAUGGAACUGGAGCUUGAAAAAAAGGAGCAGAUGUUCCUGUAAGACUUUGAUUAUAGAAAUCUUGCACACAUACAUCUAUCUGAUUUUGUAUUUUUAGCUCAGAGCCAUUAUUGUCUGAAUCGAACUUCUUUGAGUUGUCAAAGUAGCAUCAAGUUUUUUCCCCAGCCAAGAGAAUGGUGUCCCUGGGAAAAGCCAGGUUACGACUACAUUCCCUCCUGUAACCACUAGGGGACGGUGUUGCCAUUCAUUGACGUCUAUACGCAAAUUGUUCACUUUUUAGAAAAGUGGGGCUUUAAGAAAGAGAGAGAGAAAAAUUAAAAAUAUAAACAAAUUAUACUUAGCAGCAAGAAGGAAUUAAAAAUUAAUUUUUUCCAAAUUCAGAGGAGAUUUAAUGUUUAAAUCAGCUUUAAAACACCAACAUUGAAUUGAUUCUGCGUCCUUGUAUACUGCCAUGGAAUUUGUUUUUGAACUCAUUAUAAAAUUCUGAAAACAUUAGGUUUCUUUCAUGUUUUGUUUUAAAAAUGUCAUUUAUAGACACUUUAUUUACUUCCUAAAGAUUUAGGGAUUCGGUGAGAUCCUGAAUUUUAGAAACAUCUGGUCUACCUCAGUUACAUGUUGACUGCUUAGAAGUAGAGCUGAAGUGAUCACCACAGCCAUAGAAUCAUUUGACUAAGAAGGCUUGAUACAAUGUUUACAAACCUGGAAUCAAGUAAAGAGUUUAUACAAAAGACAUUAGAACAAGUAUUUAAUUCAGGUAUUUUCAACUUCUAAAACUUGUUUACCUACUAAAAAUAGUUCUCUUUUUUUCUGAUUAGGAAAGGCCACUGAAAUUAUAUAUCCUAUUUUGCAAUAUUUUCCCCUUAUAUUCUUAGGUGUGAAAGAAUCAUAAUUUACUACAUAAAUUUAGAUGGAAUGUUGAUUUGGUGGCUUUUUUUUUUUUUUUAACUCGUAGGCUUCCAACAAAAAUGCAGUUGUUUCAGAACAAAUUAAAUUUUUUUUUACUAUACUAUUUUUCUUCACAGGAUUAGAGUAAAAUGAAAAAUUGUGCAUUUUCUGAUUUUAACUUCUCUAAGAUAAUUACCCUUUUGAGAAUUUUUUUAAAUUUUAAGUUUCCAUCACAUUUUUUUUUCUUUUUCCUCUCUCUCUCUCUAGUCAGCAUUUCUUUUCCCACCAAACUCCAUGCCAAAUUCAUCAUAAAGCAAGCUCAGCGUAAGUAAUUCGCAUAGUGCUAUCAUUUGGGGGUGGGGAGGGCUUAGUAAAUAUUCCAGUUGGUCGUUUUGUACACAAGGCUUCAGUCAGAACAUAGGGAAAAAAAAACAUUCUGUGAAUGAAACAUUGUAUGUUCAGAUUUUAUAAAAGACAUUUUUAAAAGCCCAAUUUACAGCCUUAUAUUUUCUUAUGAUGUAAUUUAUGAAAAAGAUGUCUGUACUAACAGGUGCUGUAACACUACUGUUGUUGGACUUUAUUGUUUGGUGAUAAAUGUAUACAAUAUUUCUAAGAGAAACUGUACUGUGAUGUAAAAGUCUGGGAAAAAUGUAUAUAAUCCUUGUAUAUAUAAUUGUGUAUUUGAUUAUAAUUACUGAUUGUAAAGAUUUAGUAAAAUAUGUAAAUAUU